AUGCCGCCAUUGGCAGCCUUUCCCAUCUUGGCACUGCCAACCAAGCUGUCACCUGUGGCCACCUCUGCCAUGUUGCCAACUAUGCCAACAGAGGCCUUCUUCACUGCUCCACCACCAACCAUGCUAUCUAAGGCCUUCAUCACCACCCCAUCAUCAGCUGUGCUGCUGAAGGCCUCCAUCACCACCCCAUCACCAACUGUGCUGCUGAAGGCCCCCAUCACCACACCAUCACCAGCUGUGCUGCCCAAAGCUUCCAUCACCACCCCAUCACCAACUGUGCUGCCAAAGGGCCCCAUCAACACACCAUCACCAACUGUGCUGCUAACAGCCUCCAUUGCCACCCCAUCAUCAACC